AUGACUGUGGAGGAGGAGGGCGAAGUAGAGAUGUCUCUUAGCAUACGCGGAAUGUCGGAGUGUCGUACUACUCGGUCACCACCCGUUACCCGUCUUGGAGACCACAAUGAAGGUGACGGAGGAGAGGAUGACGUGGAUGAUGGAGGCGGGACUGGCCUAGUCCGUUCUAUUUGUGCAGUGAAGAAAAGAUGUAGCGAUCCGUCAACGAUAGAAGAUUACGUGGCUCUAUUUGUAGAGUCUCGUUGCCUGGGCCAGUUUUCCACCGUCCUAGUCAAGACUCUUCUGAGGCAACAAAACUCAUCAAAUAGAACCACACCGUCGUUGACGGAUCGAUACAGACAGAUGGACUGGAGAGGGAAGAUCUCUGCUCAAAUAGAGCCGACUAGUCCCGCCCCCAUAACCAAUGUCAUCUUCUCUCUCACUGCCAACCUCAUUUGUGGUCUCCAAGCGGGUGGUGAUGACGCUCCAACAUUCCGCUUACGCUGA